UAAACUUGUAUGCUGAAUUGAACUUACACAGCCAAGCAUAGGUCUGAGAGUAAGAUUUGUUUUCUCAGAUAAACAUUGUUUUUUUUACCGACAUGUCAGCAUUUACUUCUCCUCGUCCUGGAAAUGAAUGUGACGGAGAAAGUUCAGACGUAGAAGAUGAAAAGGAAGCAGAAGAAAAUAUAUCUGAUGAGGACACUGCAGAUGCUAGUGAAACAGAAGACAAGCCAAAAAAUAACCAAACUGCCUCAUCAAACACAGUACAGAGAACAGAAAUUAAGGAACAGAUGUAUCAAGAUAAACUUGCCCAGAUAAAGAAACACAUUGGAAUGCUACAAGAAGGAUCAUUGCCAGAGUUUUUAAAAAGAACAAAAAAGAUUGAACUUCAAUAUCGAGAACGUCUGAGACAGAAUGAAAUAAGUAAAACUGUUGAGAUUGAAAGAGCAGAUAGGAAUUAUGAUACAGACUGCAAUAAUGCACAGAAAGAAUUUGAGAAAGAGCGAGAGGCAUUGAAGGAAAGAUUACUCGAACAGUAUAAGGAAAAGAAAAUAGAUAUGAAGGAAAGUUUAAUAAGUGAUUUAAAAGAAAAACGCAACAUGAUUGAAUUAGAGAGACAAACAUUGGACCUUAAUGGAGCUGAUUUUAUGGAGGUAAAGCCUACAAUGACUCGUAAACUACGUAGACGACCAAACGACCCAGUACCCAUACCAGAAAAAAGAAGGAAACCCUCGCCAGCUCAGGUCUGUCUGCUGCUAGAUGAUGAUCUAGUUAAUGACGACAUCCGGGUCCUGAUGAAAGUCAGUGGUAAACCUAUUGCCAAAAAACUGCUGGUGGCUAACCCUAGUCCUGUCCCAGAUAGCACGUCUGAUGUUAGGAUAGAGGAGGGCAGAUUGUGGUAUGACAAGAAAUGGUAUCAGAGAAACACCAUGGUACAGGUAGACAGCAAAGAAGGUGGCCCCAGGAUCUACGGAACCAUUACAAAUAUAGGCAAUCAAGAGAUCUGGAUCAAGAGGAGUGGAGAUAACUCCAAACUCCGCAUUUACAUUUCACAGUUUCAAAAGGGCAAAUUUGUCAUGAAAAAGAGAACAACGUAGCAUUUUGUCAGAGCUGUCUUCUGUUCUCACUUGUUUAAAUUAUCAUCCAUUGGUCCAUUGUACAAAACAUUUCAUUUAAGUUUGUUGUUUGAUUCAGUCACAUAGAAUAUGAAAUGUGUAUAUGAUACAGUGAAGGUUGUUAAGGGGGGGGGGGGGGGCGAUAUGAGACCGUCUUAACCUAUAGCCGGGUCCUACUAAAAGGUUGAAACUGUGGAUUUCUAUUUUAAAACUCACUACAGUCCACUGUAACAUUGUGGUAGGAGAGACAUGGGGCUUUGAUUUGUUGCAUGAGUACAUACUAUACACUGGUUUCAAAAAGCAUUAGCAAUUAGCAACCUUUUUGUUGACAUUUUUAUAGCUACAUUUGUAAGCAAAAGUAGCUUGUGACAGGACAAAAUAUUAGCAGAUACAAAAUGAAGAUUUAGUGUCAAUAUGGGGUAGACAUGUAAAUAAGAUAUUCAUGUUUAUUUGUAAAUAUUUGUAAAUAUUUGUAAAUAUUUUGAUGACUAUAUACAUUUUCUCUAUCCUUGCCAUUGGUCAAUGUUAAAAUCAAAUCUGCUGCCACUGGAAACAUAUUUGCUGGUCCAUCUGACCAUGUCCAUUGAUUUUAUUCACAUGACUUCCUGAGGCUAAGUGAUUGUAUCCUUAGCCUGCUAUUGUUUACAAAAGCAAGUACAGUGUGACAAAUAUUUAUUUAAAACAUCUAUUGAUCUAAUUAUUUAGUAGUUUUUUUUUAAAAUUAAUUAGUCAUUUAUAGCAUGUUAUGUUUGUGAAAGCCUAAUAUAUUUUAUGAGUUAAAUAAUUUAAACACAUGAGUUAAGCUUAUUUUUUUUGGAAACUAUAAUUAAUGUAAUGUUAAUCUAGUGGACAUUGAUGCCAGAUUAACUGCUAACUGUAAUGUUAAUCUAGUGGACAUUGAUGCCAGAUUAUCUGCUAACUGUAAUGUUAAUCUAGUGGACAUUGAUGCCAGAUUAACUGCCAAAUGUAAUGUUAAUCUAGUGGACAUUUAUGCCAGAUUAUCUGCCAACUGUAAUGUUAAUCUAGUGGACAUUUAUGCCAGAUUAUCUGCCAACUGUAAUGUUAAUCUAGUGGACAUUGAUGCCAGACUGACCAGUGAAAUGGUAAAAGUGGUGUAGUGACCCUGUUUGAUUGUGGUAAAGCUACAGGCAGCAAAACAAUCAGUACUUUGAUAACUUUGAAUGAUGAAUUUUUACUUGAUGAAUGAUGAAUUUCACCUGAAUAAAACAUUGGUUAUUUUUGUCUCAAGUUGUGUAUGAUAUCAUGUCACCAAAUCUACUGUACAACUUGCAUUCUCACCUAUCAAAAUACACUCUACAGCAAGUUCAAUAGCAUUUUAUUUCU